GGCAAGUGAAACUCUUAUUCCAACAGUCUGACAAUAGAUUUCAAUCUUUCUGUGUGUCUACUUGAAAUAUGAACUUCAUGUCUUUGUGGGCCUUGCUUUUAGCCCACACAGUUUGGAUUUGUGACGCUAUGCGACCAGCCAUUUCCCUCAGGGGAGAUGUCACGGACUUUCUGAGCAAUCAGCGUGUCAAGGAGGAGUGUGAGAGUGCCGUUGAUGUGGCUUUUCUGUUGGAUGGAAGCUACAGUGUGCGAGAUCCGGACUUUGAGGCCCUGAAGAAGUUCGUGAAUAAGACGGUGAGUCGUUUCGGCAUUGGACCCGACAAACUUCAAGUUGGCAUUGUCCAAUACACCGACGAAGUCCAAUUGGAGAUGGAUUGGGAGAGUGAUCGCGACAAAGUCACCGCUGGCAUCGGCAAGUUGAAACAACUUGGUGGCUUCACCUCCGUAAAGGCAGGCUUGGAAGAGGUGCGGCGUCUCUUUGAGAAGCAUCAACGAGAGGCUCGACGCAUCUUGAUCCUGAUCUCUGAUGGCGAUGUGGAUCCGGGCGCCAUUGAUUUGAAGAAAACCAUGGAAAGCGAGGAGAAAGUUGUGGUCUUCAGUGUUGCAGUGGGAAAUGAAGCAACCUCUGAUUUGAUGGACCUGGCCUCCUCCAAACAGCUCUUCUUCAAUGUCUCCAACUAUGGGGUCCUGGACCGCAUCGCCAAGAGACUCUCCAAGUACAGCUGUGAUGUGGCAGAGGUUGGUGCGACGACAGAAGUGAAUGAUAUCGACUUUCAGCAAACGCUCAAGACUUCCGAGAGUACUGUCGUGACCAAGGACACUCCCAGCAGUGAGGAUGUGCCGGCCUUGGAGCCCAGUGAAGAGGAGGGCGAAAAGAAGAGUGAUGGACCACCAGAGGAUUUAGCACCACUGGAGGACCAAAAUAGUGGGUUACCAGAGGAUUUGGCCCCGCUGGAGGAGGAACUAAGCACAACACUUAAGGAAACCGAGGAGUCAGGUUCAAAGAGUGAGCUCCCAACAGAUGUGGACAGCCUAAACAUGAAGGACACUGGCCGCCUUCCGAUAGCUGUUGGUUUUGCACUUGAGGUAGGUGAGCUCUUUUUCGAAUAUGUGCGGAAUUGGCAGAUUCAUGAUGUCAGUCAUGAGAGCUUCGCCUUCAUGCAGAAGAACAAUUGGUGUGGAAAGCUAGCUGAAAGACGUUUCCUUUUUUGCUAA